AUGAAGAUUAUCUGCCUACUCCUUGCCCUUGGCGCCGUGGCUGCCGAUCCCCGUGGCACUGCCAGGGGAAUUCGGGGUCAGCCUGAGCGAAAACUGCAAAUGGAUAUGAAUAAAAACGACAAGGGAGGCGCCGGUGGCGGUGGCGGUGGCGGUGGCGGCGGCGGUGGUGGUGGUGGCGGCGGCGGCAUUCCUGUUAACGAAGAAGCGGGUGGUAUGGUCAACCCCGUCAGUGGCCUUCAAGAAUUCCAUCCCUGUGAGCCUAAUCCACAGGCAGCCACCGACUAUGUGGGUACAUUUGGAUACCCCGAACAAGGGGACAUGGAAUGCUUUGCAGAUCCCGUCAAUGCAUGCCCUGGUGGAUGCUGUCGUUAUGCCAACUGGUUUGUCUGCGACGAAAGCAACGGACAGCCACACAUGCCUUGUGUGUGCAAUGCCAAUACCAGUCCUGUCAUUGAUAUCGCUCCACCACCGAUUACCCCAGCCGAGCCUAUCACUCCAGCUGAGCCAAUCACCCCUGCCGAUCCAAUCACUCCCGUGGAUCCUGGUGUACCUCCUGGAGUACCUCCUGGUGUGCCUCCUUUUGAUCCCGAAGUGCCUCCUGAUAUGCCUCCAGGUUUUGGAAAUAAUUUCACCUUUGUACAAAUGACACCUGCACCCACAGAUGCUGCGCCUACGCCCACGCCCUUGACGCCAGAAGAAUUUCAAGAACUAUACCCCGAAGUGGCCAACCUCAUCGCAAUUCAAGAAGGUGCUCCACCCGGCACCAAUUCUCAAAUCAGUGGCGGUGGCAGCACUAAUGGAAAUUCGGGAGUGAGCGUCGUCUCCAAUGCCCAAGGGGCACCCAGUGGAGAUUCGGACGAAGACGACAACAGUAACGGGGCAGUUGUCAAUGGCGGCGGAGGAGGAGGAGGAGGAAGUAUCCCAAGUGGUCCGAUCGGCGUCGACUCUGGAAAUUCUGGGUUCCAUCCAUGUGAGAAAGACGCACAAUUUGCCCUUGACUGGGUCAACAAUUAUGGACAUCCUAUUCAAGGCGACCAGGGGUGCUUAGAGGAUCCAGUGGAUGGAUGUGGCGAUGGAUGCUGCCGAUAUGGUGACUGGUUUGUCUGCGAUAAGAUCGGCGAUGAUGCAGUGGCCCCACAAAUGCCAUGUGUGUGCAAUUCCAACACUUAA